AGUUUCUAUACUGUAAUAAAUGCAAUGUCAAUUAGCACUGCAUUAUUUAUAUACGUUAUUAAUUACAUGGUGAUAACCUGGAGAAAAACUCAUAUAAACCAUAUAUUGUCACAAUCAUGUGUUUAAUAUCUUCAUCAAUUCAAACGUUUCAGCCUAAACAGGAUAGCUGGAUGCUUUUGUCCAUAUUAGGGAUUUCCUAGCGUAAGGUAUUACUUCUAUGAGUUUGUCUUGGAUGUUCUGCGCAAGAGCGCCCUCUGGCUUGAGUAUGGAUUAAACAUUCACUGCAUGAGAAUGUUGAGCGCUCGGUGAUGUUUGCCUUAUUCUGGAUACAAAUAAAACAUCAGGUCAUGCACAGACUAUCCUAUGUCUUUUAAGUUAAAUCUAGAUUUAUUCACACCAGCGUUUGAAAACCUCUGUGUGAACACAAUUGCCCCCAAAAAAAUGCGAGGGAGGAAUUUAAGUGUUAUUAAAAGUGUAUUCUACACAUAUGCAUUAGCCAUUACUCCUUUCUUCAGUGUCACAUGAUCUUUCAGGAAUCAUUCUAAUAUGCUGAUUUGGCCUAUUCUCAGUGUUGGAAACAGUCGUGCUGCUUAAUUUUAUGGAACCUGUGAUGUGAUUCAUUGAUUAAAAAAAAAAAAAGAUAUGAUUAGAUUUUAUUAAGUUUUUAAUAUCACGUUUUAUCAAUUUAGCAUGUCCUUGCUGAAAGCAGGUAUUAAUUUCUUUCAAAAUAAUAGCCUAACAAAAAUAAAAAUAGAAAAUCCUACUGAACGCAGACUUUUAAAUGGUAUAUGUAUGGAUGUAUAUGUGACAUGCAUCUCACUUGUAAUGCAGACUUGACUUGACAUAUUCACAAAGUCUCUAGCUUUGCUGCUAAAUUCCUGUGAUAAGAGGGAAGAGGACAGCCUUUUGAUCUUACUCAAGAAACAGAACUUUGAGGUUAAAAGGAAUAAAUGUGCUGUAGUCAGGAGUAAAAAAAAAGUCCAUAUCUUCAUGUCUUCCCAUUAAAUACGCCUAUGAAGAUGUUUUUUUUUUUUUUUCCUAACCUGCAACAUGACAGCCUCGGAAACUUUGUGGCUAAAUACAUCAUCACCAUCCUUUCAGUUUCUGCACUGUGUAGUUUAUAAGACGGAUCAUUCAGGGCAGACCGGUCAGAGUGAGUAACAGGACAUCUGGUAAGUGAUCUAUGAUUUAUUUGCCUAAGAUUCUGACAUUCCUUAAAGUGGAAACAAGCAAAUUUGAUAGAAAUUUACACAGAUCCUAGAUUUGCUUGCUUUAGUCAGAAGAAUAAACUCCUAAAUGAGUGGUUAGAAAUGAUUGAUUCUGGCGGAAAUUAGGUAUGUUAAUGAAUACUAAAGCUCACUAAUCUAAUUUGUUCAGUGUGGUUGAAUCUUGAGUCUGUGUGGGAAAAUAUUUCUUGCAGAAUAGGGGAGCCCACACAUGAUUCAUUACCCUGAAAGGGGCAUUAGACAUAUUAAUAGCUUGAAUAGCCUGUCCAGAUAUUUUAUCCGUCUUCUACAUCUCUUCAGUCAAUUAAAUUUGAGCAAUUACACUCUUAGAUAUAAUCCAUAGCGGUUAAGUAAAAUUCUGGACCAUUUUUAACCAUUUUUCAUUAUGAAGGUUUCGCUUUCCACUUUACGCAAGAAAAGGUGCGCGAGGCGCUCCGGCUUCUGGCUCGCACAGUUCAAAAUGUUUAAAAACUUUAGCCCGUGUAAAUACUUACCUGCAGUGCUGGCACUGAUCUUGGUUGUCACCUACCAUGCUGGUGGAUCUACGGAUGAAGACCCUCUUUUCAAAUGCUUACAAGACUCUGAUUAUGAUUACCUUCUGAAGCUAACAGAACAAGGUCUCCCUCCAACGAAGAACCCUAAGCAUGUGGUAAUCGUUGGAGCAGGUGCUUCUGGACUCACUUCUGCCAAGUUCCUGGAGGAUGCAGGACAUAAGGUGACGAUUAUUGAGGCAAGUGACCGUAUAGGUGGAAGAAUUCUAACAUAUAGGAAUGAAAGUGAGGGUUGGUAUGGAGAACUUGGUUCCAUGAGGAUCCCAAGUUUCCACAAGAUUCUCAGGAGUCUUGCAGACAAGAUGGGCCUGAAGUUAACACCGUUUGUACAGGACGACGAAAACACUUACUAUUUUAUAAACGGAUUUCGUUAUAAAACCUACACCGUAAAGCAGAACCCAGACAUUCUGAAGUACCCUGUGAAUGACAGGGAGAAAGGGAAAAGUGCCAGAGAACUGUUUGACAUGGCUUUGGGCAAGUUAAAAGAUGAUCUGCGGAAAAUGGGCUGUGAGAAAAUGUUGAACAAAUAUGAUUCAUACUCAGUCAAGGAGUAUUUGGUGAAUGUGGGAAAUCUGAGCAGAGGAGCUUUGCGAAUGAUAGGUGAUCUCCUGAAUGAGAAAAGCUUCUUCUACACGGCCCUCACUGAGACGCUCUACAUCCAGUGUGAUAUAAACGACAAUGAAAUGUAUUCUGAAUUUGAAGGUGGCUUUGAAUCACUCCCUAAAGCAUUCUACACUGUGCUAAAUGCCACAGUUUUUAUGCAAUCAAAAGUCCAGGCUAUCACUCAAACACAGGACAACGUAACAGUUUCAUAUGAACAUUACGACGGCACCCUGACCAGCAUUACUGCCGAUUAUGUGCUGGUGACCGCCACAGCCAAAGCAACGCUCCUCAUUGACUUUAAGCCUCCUCUGUCGGCCGAAAAGAUGGAAGCGCUGAGGUCGCUGCACUAUUCCAGCUCCACAAAAGUAGUGCUGAGUUUCAGCAAAAAGUUCUGGGAGAAUGAUGGCAUCCGGGGUGGGAAAAGCAUCACAGAUCUGCCAUCACGCUUCAUUUACUACCCUAGUCAUAAUUUCUCCGGAACAGGCGGUGCUGUGUUGGCUUCGUACACCUUCUCUGAUGAAGCUGCAUUCCUACAGACUAUACAUGAAGAGGAGUUGAAGCAUCUGGUAUUGAAUGACCUGGUAAAGAUCCAUGGAGAACACAUCCGCCAGCUCUACAGGGGAGUUGUGAAAAAUUGGGGACUGGAUCCUUACAGCCAUGGCGCCUUUGCCAUCUUCACUCCGUUCCAGAUGAUAGACUAUAGUAAGUCUAUAGUCCAGAAUGAGGGGAGGAUUUACUUUGCAGGAGAGCACACGGCCAGACCUCAUGCCUGGAUUGAGACCGCCAUGAAAUCUGCUCUGAGAGCUGCAGAUAAAAUAAAUAAUGCAAAGUUUUGACUGACUACACUCUCAGAGACGUCAAAAUAUGACUUGAAACAACGGAUAUCACAGCACUCUGUCAACCAUCACCUUUGCCAGACUUUGUUACUUGCACUGCUAUGAUACUAUUUGUCAAAUACCAAUUGUUAAAAAAAAAUAAUAAUUCUUAGAUUUUUGUGGAAUAAAUUAGUAGAUUAAGUUGUGGGUUGUGGUUGGCAUUUUGGAGUUGUUUGAUAUUUUAUUAAAUUGUAUGUAAAUUUAAGAUGCUAGUGAUCUUCUAAGCAGUUAUGCAAGAAUCAUGACACUCAGUACAAUGUAUCAUUAUCCUGAAUUCUAUUGCUAACUGUAAACAUAUCAUGUAACAAUGCAACUAGACUACCAAAAAAAAAAAAAACUUGACAUUUAUUCAGUGUAUUUUUAUUCUAUUUAUUUUAUUUUAAAAUUACUGACAUGGAAUUACCUUACUGAAUAUUCUGGUACUGUAUUUAUACAGACUAUUUUAUUAUUAACAUCAUUAAUAAUAUAUAUUUUAUUCAACUGAAAUGAAAUUGUAUUUACGUACCUUUUGUUAUAUAUUUACAAGUUAAUAAUGAAAUGUUAAAAUGUUGCAUAGAUUAA